CAGUGGACGCUCUCGCAAGUGGACCUGUAGAAGUGGUCUUCCCCUACAACUUCCCGAAGAUGUAGUAAAAACAAAAAGAAAAACGUCGUCUUCAUCCGCUCCACCAGCUUUUGAUCAAGAUAAACAUGUUGAUGCACAAGGCGUUUUCUUUGUCGGUGACGGAUGCAUCUUGUCGCUGAAAAACAUGUCUUUCUCAAGAAAUGUGACGCCAGAAAGUCCUGUUCCGGAACUGAUGCCAUUAGACUCUGAGGAUUUGAUGUCUCGACAAACUACACCUACC